GAACGUUUUCCCAAUGAACAAACACAUGCCAAAUUAGAUGCAGAGAUACGGGCGCGAUCCGAUUCGAUGCAGGACAAAGAAUGGACCUCAAGGGAUUGCUCAGAUUUUGUACAGCGAUUAUGCGGUCAUUGCAAUACAAAUACAGAUAUUAAGGAAGCGGUUUGGUUUGGCGGUCGAGAUGAAUACAUUGCAGCGGGCAGCGAUUGUGGCUCAUUGCUGGUCUGGGAGAGGGCAUCCGGUGCUCUGGUGAAAGCAUUUCAAGCCGAUAGGAAUAUUUUGAAUUGCGUACAACCGCAUCCCUCGACUCUGUUGCUGGCAACAUCCGGUAUUGAACAUAGUGACGAAGAACCGGCUCGUGAGUUAUUAUCCCUUACGACACUUUCGAAAGCGAAUCAAAAACGAAUGCAUACAGGAAUCUUCGACAUGGUGGUGGCUUCGUUUGGAAUUUCAGUGGAAUCCGGUGAUGAGGAUGACGAGGAAGCUGGCAGGCGAAUUGGCUGUAAUACGAGCUAA